AUGGAACAAAAUGAGAUCGGGAAUAUCGACCCAAGUGAAAGGCCUUUCGUGCAAAAUUUGGAAUCAUCUUUAUUCCAUAUUACUGUGAAUGACGACCACCGAAACUUGACAAAGAUCGCUCCAAAUCCAAAGCAAAGCUACCAGGUGCGGAAUUCCGCACCAAGUCUGUCUGCAUCUACUGUAGAUGAUAUGACAAGAUCGCUUGCAUGGCUGCAUGCCCCGGAGCUUCCAAAUGGCGAGAAUUUAAGAAUUCUGGUCGAAGAGUAUUUUGCCCAUGUUCACCCAUUGAGGUGUAAUGGCUUUGUGCACAAACCAUCAUUCAUGCAACGCUUGGAUGAAGAUGUGGAUUCAUGUCGAAGGAGCGAGUCACUUCUGCAUAUUAUCUGCGCCCUUGGGGCAAAAUUUUUUGCCCUCAAUUACACCUCUCAGUUAUCCCCUGACGCAAUUUUGACAGCCGGGAACCAAUGGGCGAAAAUUGCAAAGGCUAGAAUAUUUGUAGACAUGGAUGAUCUGUCUAUCGAAAAGCUCAUGGUAAGUCUAAUGAACUCGGUAUUCUUUCAGCACUAUCGACUAACCUUCGGGGAAUGUUUGGAAUUCAAGACCGCGAUUUUACUUUAUGACCACGAUCUUCGGGUCGGAAGCUACGCCAGUGCUUUCAUGUUGAGUGGUAUGACUGCAAGGAUGUCCCAGGCAUUGCAGCUGAACCUUGAAAAGUCCGCAGAUGUACUUUCCCAACAUUCGGUGUCAUCCGCAAUUACCAAUGAGACUAGGAGGCGACUCAUGUGGAGUUGCUAUCUGCUUGAUAGUUGGGUAGGGAGUGGUGUUAAUCAACUUACCCUGCUUGAGGAUCGCGAUUUGAAAAUUCAACUUCCGUGCCACAGCCAGAAUUUCUCAUUAGGAAUUAUUUGUCUCACGGAGACUUUAGAUGAGGGGGAAAUCCUAAGCUUCGUCCCCCGCGAGCAAGUACCUUUAAGCCCCUGCCAGAACAUGGGUAUUGAAGCGUAUUUCAUCCGGCUCGUCAGUAUCCGAAAGAAAGUGCUACGAUAUGUCAAGCAUCUAGAUACGGCAAAGCCCCCAUGGCAGGAAGAUUCUGAAUUUCAAUUCUUAUCCGCAGAGUUUGAAAAGAGUCGUCGUUCCCUUCCUAAAAGCUUAUACUGGAACUCUGGAGCAAUCUAUGCACGAAAGGAAUCCUCUCAGUUGGGGGCCUUGACAUUACUGUGGUGCACCUUUCACCAAACAUUGGUCGAUCUGUAUCGCAUUGGUAUGCCGACUUUGUUUCGCAUUCAGAAAGAAGUGAACUUUCCAUCCGAUCAGCAGGAAUUCCUUCAACACUGCCGCAAAGUCUGUUUUGAUAAUGCCUGUGAAGUAUCCAGGAUCAUAUCCAAGGCAUUACAAUACGGGCUCAAGGUUCUUGCGGAUUCGUGGAUAUGCAUCAUCGCCCAUGAUAGCACAAAAGUGAUGCUCCAUUAUCUGAAGUUGAACAGACUGUCUCACCAACGCGAAAUUGAUGAUACAGUGACACUAGUCCAAAGUAACCUCGAUGCCUUGUUACAGAUGAGAUCGAUGGUAGCGACCGCGGAACAUUGUUCAGUAUCUGUCGUGAAGAUGAUGGCAGCAGCUGGUAUUCGGCCUAAUGCUGCAUUUAACACUCCUGCGAGUGACCCGUUGCUACAUACAGGAAACGUGUCUCCUCCAACAUCGGCAGCCCAAGAAUCACCAGAGAGCAUACUCAAUCCACUCGCUAUUUACCGCAUGGCUCGAACCGCCUUGCAUGAAAAAGACAGCCAAAAAUCAGCUUCAUUUUCACCUUCUACACAAAGCUCUACCUCUCCUAGUUUCGCGGCCAGGCGCCACUUGCAGCCUAGACAAAGACAGGAAAUGGAAGCCCCAGCACAUUCAUUUCGUCAUUAUGGGCAGCAGACUCAAGGCUCCCUUCAAGGGAGUCCUGUGACUACCGCUGUCGAGCAGCUGUACACCCCUUCUAAUCAAAACAGAGAGGAUUCAUCUUUAUUAUUCAAUACACCAGGAUCGCUAUCGGGUCCUGGCAUUGGUUCCGCAUGGGACCCAUCAGAUCUAGCGUUUAUGGACAUGUUGGAUGGAGGCUUAAUUCCAUGGACAGCCGACUAUUUGACAGACGGGCAGUCUGGAGUGGAUCCUCUGUUAUUUCCCUUUUAA